AUGGUUGAUGGCCGCGCCAGUGGGGGGAAACUCUCACGAAGGCACGAAGAAAAUUCCAAAAAAAAAAUAGCGGUGGCAGCACUUGCAUUCACGAAACCAACUGAGGCAGAAAAUUCAGCUGCUGCUGAAGGAAUAAAGACACGCCGCGAUGAACUAAAAUUCAAUCAUGCACUGGCCGAGGCGCUACGGAAAAACGUCAGACAGGCACAAGGCAACUUACAAAACAUAAGAACCGAAACGCGGGCGCUUCUUCUGGCGGCAAUGCUAGCAGACACAAUAAAGCAGCGACAGGCAUAUAGUGUUAUAGCUGCAUAUUCCGACGCCAAAGCAACCGCGCUGAAGGCAACGAUCGACACAAAAAGCAAACAAAUUAUAGACGCCGCCGACGUGCUGGAAAAGAGGAGCGCCCAAUUAAGAGGGGCGAUUUUCGCAGCGAAAACAAAGGCGGUAACCGUUUCCGGCUCAAUAGCGGGAGCACUAGCCAAUGACCCUGAUUUCGGGGGAACGGCGAAGACAUGCACACUAAAGCUUUCAGUGCACGACACGGCUGACACGGCAUGCGACACCUCAGCCAACUAUGAUGACACCCUCGCAACACUGGCCACACAAAUUAAUAACCUGAAGACCAUCUAUACAGUCUGCGAUGAGACCCCAAUCACAGAACAGCUGACGGCGGUAAUCACAAGCAAAGGCGACUUCGCGAGCUCAGGGGACACAACAGCAGACGGAACCGCAUACUGCGGUAACCAUGCCACGCGAUCAAGCGCAACACACGCCAUUAGCAUAAAAGAACUACACGGUGAAAGCAACCCGACACGCACGAUACCACAAAACCUCGAAAACGACGGAACUUGCGUAAAGCCAGGAGCCGGCCGCAAGGACGGAUUAAUAACGAUAAGAGAGACCGCGGCCUCAAAAUGCAACGCCAAAAAAAACCUCAUAUCCCCGGUAAUGCCAGUAAGCAGCCCGUCAGCGACCCAGCUAAUCGACGACCCAACGUUCCAAAAGCUGGCCGCCCUAGCAUCAGGACAAAACACACCGCAAACUACCGGCGGAAAAAAUGACAAAGCAGCAGCGAUCCAACUUUUAGGGAGCGACGAAACGAAUUUAAAAGACAAGUAUUUCACCCCACUGGAAAACCAACACGUAGAAUUCAACCUAGGUGAAGAACUAAUCAGAACCAGCAUAAAAUCGGCAGCUUCAGGUGACAAUUACGGCGCAGUUUUGGCGUUUUCAGCAGGAAAAGCAGCCAUUCAAGCAGUACAGAAGGACAUACCAAAAGGAGUGGAAACAGAAGCUAACGAUGACUGCACAGGAAAAGGAAAAGAUGAUUGCAACAACAAAACAGGGUGCAAAUACAAUGACAAAUAUAGAAAUGCGAAAAAGACCCUGCAAAAGCUACAACGGCGGGAACACCAGUGA